UUUAGCAUUUUAUGAAAUCGGUUUCACGAUCCAGAGAAUUUUGGCAUAACAAUUUAUCACAGCUGCUAUGGCUUGUCUGUGAUUGGUUAGUAAAAAGUGGAUUAUUGAUUCGAAAUCUGUACACUAACCUAAGACUACAAUUAUCACCUUACACGCGAUUGGUUAUUUUUCACAACUGGGGCAGAAUAUUUCAAAAUAAAGUAAUAGCACAUGUCCAUCCCUGUUUUUCCCCUCAACAACAGCUAUAUAGGAACAUAAAAGCACUAACUAACCAAUCCAAAUAAUACUUCAGUUAUACUAUUCUUCAGUAAACUAAUAAAUGAAAUAGUGCAGGAAUUUGUAGAAAAUCAAUCAAUCAAUUAGUUGAAAGACAGAUUUUCUAUUUUUCGCACAUAUCUAGAAUUACAUUCAGUUUUCAGUUAGCUAUUUUCACAAUACAUUGAAAGGUUUUUAUUACUUACUGUAUUUCAAUUUAUUACUUAAACAAUCAUGAGCUCAUUAUCCAAAGCUGAAAUUGAAGAUAUUCGUGAAGUUUUCGACUUGUUCGAUUUUUGGGAUGGUCGAGAUGGUAUGAUUGAUGCAGUGAAAGUUGGUGAUCUGCUUCGAUGCAGUGGAAUAAAUCCAACUAUUGCACUAACAGUGAAACAUGGAGCCACCAUAAAACAAGGAGAAAAGCAAUAUAAAUUUGACGAGUUUCUUCCUUGCUAUGAAGCAAUUCUUAAAGAGAAAGAGACUGGUACUUAUGCUGAUUAUAUGGAAGCGUUCAAAACAUUCGAUCGUGAAGGACAAGGAUUUAUUUCAGCUGCUGAAAUGCGACAUGUUCUAACAGGUUAUGGUGAACGUCUUGAAGAUUCAGAAGUUGAUUCGAUUGUGAAAUUUAUUGAUUUACGUGAAGAUCUAGACGGAAAUAUCAAAUAUGAAGAAUUAAUCAAGAAAGUUUUGGCUGGACCUUCCAAAUAAAAGAAACACAUGAAAUUGUCUUUGAGAAAACAGAACUGUGUUCUUUUCUUUUCUUUUUGUCAUGGAGACUAUUUCUCCUUAUUCUUUCUCUCGUCGUUGAAUCUCGAAGAAAAGAUUUCUUUUUUCAAAUAAUAACUCGGUAAAUUAAUUAAUUAAUCAUUUUUUCAGUUUUCAUAAUUCCAUAACAUAAAAUUUUAACCUAAUGACAUUUUGUGUGAAAAAAAGUGUAGAAUGAAUAAUAUUUUGAUUUUCGUUAUUCUCUAUCUUCUUUUCUUUUCUCUAAUCAGAUCAGAACAUCUGAACUGGUAUAUUUUUGAAUGCUUUUCUACCUACCUAUUCACUCAUUCACCAUCAUGCAUGAAUGAUUGUGUGUGUGUAUGUGUAACUAAUAAUUCAACUUUAUUUCCAAUCAGCCUGUUUUAUUUAUUACUUCUUUUUUUCCGCCUUAUAAUUGUUCAUUUUAACAAUAAAUUUAGAUUGAUAAAAAUUUCUAUUCAAUUUCUAUUGCCAUCAAAUGCAUUCAUAUUCAGCUUUCUUUAUGAACCCUUAUAAUAAUUCCAUUAAAAUGAAACAUUUACUUCUAAACAAGU